UGAUGGCAAUGCCGAAGGUGUCAAGCGCUUCCAAGUUCGUCUUGUCCGUUAUUUUUUUUUAUUUGGCUAAAGAAGCAAGCUGUGGUACUGGGAAGUGGACUUAUCCAACUCAUACAAGAGAUGCAACUUCCACGUGGAUUACUGAAUAUCACUUCUGUAGUGGUCAAAGCCAGUCACCCAUCAAUAUCAAACCAAGCGACACUGUUUACGAUUCCAAUUUGACUUCUCUGAAUUUUAGUCAUUACUCAACACUCAACGGUGGAGAAGCGACAAACAACGGACAUUCGAUUCAGUACAAUGUUCCUGAUGUGGCAAGCAAGCCUUCUGUCACUCAUGGACCACUAGAGGGAGUGACCUACAAAUUGGCUCAGUUUCAUUUUCAUUUUGGGUCACACAAUUUGGUUGGCUCAGAACACACAAUUGAUGAGUCAGCCUAUCCUGCUGAGAUGCACUUUGUUCACUACAAUUCUGACAAAUAUUCAUCAGUUAGUAGAGCUGCAAAUGAGUCGGAUGGACUAGCAGUUGUUGGAGUGUUUAUUACUGUUGGACAAGAAAACCUUGAAAUCAGUAAACUUAAAGUCAAUAGUCUUGCAUACAAAGGAAAUAGUACUUCUGUUGCUGCUAUCAAUUUGAACCAGUUGCUUCCUGACAGUCACGACUAUUUUACAUACAGAGGCUCUCUGACUACUCCACCAUGUUAUGAGUCGGUUACAUGGCUUGUUCUCAAAGACACCAUUUCUAUGUCGUCUGCACAGAUGGCUACAUUUCGACUUGCUCAGGUAGCAGAUUACAAUGAUCCGGAUAUUCAUGCUAUGGAGAACAAUUACAGAGCUGUGCAGCCUCUAAACAGACGUAUUGUGAAUGCAAAUUUUGAGGCAAAUUCAGGUGUUGUUCGUGUUUAUUCAUCGAUGGCGUUUGUGCUUGCUGCCUUUUCUCUUGCCGUUUUCAAGGCCACAGUCUGCUUCUAGUUUGAAGAGACGCUUUACAGCAGGAGGAAAGAGUGGGGAAUUAUGGAAACUACUUGACAUAUUUCAGUGUGUUUACACUAAUUGUAUGAAGUACUACUACUAGAAGUUGAUUCACUAAAGUCACAUGACUGUUUGAUUUUGUUGUACUGCUAUGCUUUUAGUGAGUGAUUGUCAUUUGUUGUUUGUUGCUUGUUUACGUGAUGAAGCACGAUAUUUGAGUAUAAUUGUGAGGAGCAUAUACUCAAGAAUUCUUGGUCAAGGAUAUAGUAGUACUAGUAGUUGCCGAGCGUAGUAGUAGUACUGUACUGCUCUAGAAUAUGAAUGAUAGUUAUGUAUGACUAAUUGAGGAUUCUGAACUAUAGUUCAUUAAUGAAAUGA